CCCCCCCCUCGUUCCUCCCGCAGGAAGUAUCAAUCCGGCGCGACGCGGCUGACCACCGGAUGCAUCCCGUCCAUCAUCGCGAAACAGGCGCUUCGUGCGCGGGGGGAGGUGGUCCGGUCCUUCGAGCAGUACUACGCGGAUCGGGGAUUCGAGCACCGCGAAGCCUCUCCCUACAUCAACGCCCAAUAUCACAUCUUCUCCACCAGCGGGCUGUCUGAUGCGGACAUCGCCAAGACGCAGGCGGCGUUCAGCAUUGCCAUUCUGGGCAACACCAUCCCGGCCACGUUCUGGCUCAUCUACCACAUCUUCUCCAACCGAGCGAUCUUGCGCGACUGCCGCCAGGAGCUGGAGGCCGCCCUCCGCCGCCACCAGACCGGACGCGCCGCCCUCGAUCUGGCCACCCUGGAGCAAGCCUGUCCGAUCCUCGCGUCCACCUUCAAGGAGACCCUGCGCAUGCACUCGAUGGGCACGUCCGUGACCCAGGUGGUCGAAGAUCAAGUGAUCGAGGGCCGGUACCUCUUCAAGAAGGGCGCCCUGGUCCUGAUCCCGGCGAUCAUCCAGCACAGUGCACCCGCGGUGUGGGGGGCCGACGACGUGCAUGCGUUCGACCACCGCCGGUUCGUGCGCGAGAACCGCGGCCCCGAUCGCAAACGAGGUCCCAACCCGGUCGGAUUCCGGGUCUUCGGCGGCGGGUGGACGUUGUGUCCCGGGCGCCAUGUCGCCACGUCGAUGAUUCUCGGCUUCGCCGCCAGUACCAUUCUCCACUUCGAUCUGCGGCCCCGCCGCAGGGGUCAAUGGGUGAUGCCGACGGUCAAGAACUCCCACCUCGGCGUCGCCAUCGCGCAGCCCGAUGAGGAUUUUGAUGUGGAGUUCCGCUGCCGGAAGACGGAGGGAACGGCGUCUGCGGAACGGACAGGUGGCAUCAUAUAG